AUCUUGUUUUGAUGUCCAACCACCAGCUGUUUCGGAAGAUACUAAGUGCACAAAUCUGCACACAGAAUGGAUAAGCAAAAAGCCAAAAUUAUCUUAGACCUCUCACGCUCUUCCUCCAACGAGAAGGUUGUGCGAGGUUUGAGAGAACUGAAAAAAAGACUUGUUACAAAUACGGAUAAUUUGAAUAUAUUUAGGAGCCUUGGAUUAUUGCCCCACGCCUUGAAGUUAGUCCAGCGUCCCAAUGAAGAUAUUCUCAAUGGCUCCCUUAGUAUACUGAGCAUCUGCUGCACGAAUGAGUAUGCAAGACGGGAGGUGUUUGAAUUAGGGGGUGUAACACACCUUUUGAAUGUCCUCAAGUGUGCCAAAUCAGAGUCCCUUCAGCUGCGAGCCUGCCGGACAGUUGCCAAUCAGGCGCAGCAUCGGCCAAGCUGCGAUGUAUUGUUCAAGCUCAAGGCUUCAGACAUGAUCAUCGAUAUGCUCAAGAAUUGCAAAGAGGAUGAAACCAAAAUAUCUGCAAUAAGGGCUUUGAGAAUGUUAGCAAAAUAACUCGGGAGAGCACUCACAGAAGAUAGUUACAAGCAAAGGUAUUCUGUACUUUUGCAAGGCAGGUUUUGAUACAGCGGAAAAGCCACCUCA